UGAAUUAAAACUGAGACUCAAUCUACAUUGAACUUCCUCAGAAAAGGAAUCAUGAACAUUGAAGCAUAUUUUGAAAGAAUUGGUUAUAAGCACUAUAGGAACAAACUGGACUUGGAAACAUUAACUGACAUUCUUCAGCACCAGAUCCGAGCCAUUCCCUUUGAGAACCUUAACAUCCAUUGUGGGGAAGCCAUGGAAUUGGGCUUAGAGGCCACUUUUGAUCAAAUUGUGAGGAGGAACCGAGGUGGGUGGUGUCUCCAAGUCAAUCAUCUUCUGUACUGGGCUCUGACCACAAUUGGUUUUGAGACCAUGAUAUUGGGAGGGUAUGUAUACAACACUUCAGCAAACAAAUAUAGCAAUGCCAUGAUUCACCUCCUGCUGACGGUGACCAUUGAUGGCAAGAACUACAUAGCUGAUGCUGGAUUUGGACGCUCUUACCAGAUGUGGCAGCCUCUAGAGUUAAUUUCUGGGAAGGAUCAGCCCCAGGUGCCUUGCACCUUCUGCUUGACAGAAGAGAGAGGAAUUUGGUACCUAGACCAAAUCAGAAGAGAGCAGUAUAUCCCAAACCAAGAAUUUCUUAAUUCUGAGCUCCUGGAAAAGAAUAAAUAUCGGAAAAUCUACUCUUUUACUCUUGAACCUCGAACAAUUGAAGACUUUGAGUCUGUGAAUAUAUACCUUCAGGAAUCUCCAGCAUCUGUCUUUACAAGCAAGUCAUUUUGUUCCUUGCAGACCCCAGAAGGUGUUCACUGUUUAGUGGGCUUCACCCUCACCUACAGGAGAUUCAAUUAUAAGGACAAUACAGAUUUGGUGGAGUUUAACACACUGAAUGAAGAAGAAGUAAAAGAAAAUCUAAAAAAAAUAUUUAAUAUUUCCUUGGAGAAAAAGCUUGUCCCCAAACAUGGUGAUAAAUUUUUUACCAUAUAGAGUAAACAGUAAAAAUGGUCUCAGUAUUACUUCUGGUGCUGUAACUUUUUAUUAUAAAACAAUUGAAACGUCUAUAA